GCGCGGUAGGUGAGGGAUAUCACUUACGCUGAGGCAACUCGGCAAUCGAGGUUGUUCAGAGCUGUGUACGCAAGCACGUCUAAAGUGAUAAGCUAUUUCAUGGGCACGUCACGUUCAGGGUUGACGAAAAACAGAAUUUACGUUACGAAUUACUUCUAGCCCACAAUAAUGAAACUUCCAUGAGAUAAUUCAAGUACAUAGGGGCCUUUUCCAUAAAAAAAAACAAUAUUCAUUGACAAUUAGCUAAUAAAUAAUUAAUUGUUACUUACACAAGAAGAUAUAUGAUUUAUUCGUACAGUAUACGGUGAAAAUUUCGCUCGCAUUAGCUAUCAGUGUCGUGCCAGAAUGAUUCCCGGAUGCCAGAGACGAUAGUUUAGUCAAGGUCGAGAUCAUUUGGCUGCGGCUGGAAGCGUGUGGAUGCGCAGCAGUCCUGCCACUCUGAAAUAUGCAAGAGACGAGCAUCUUGAGCGCAGGAUAAGUGUGGAGAGGUUCGCAAGGGCGCGUCUCUAACUGGCAAGGCAGUGCUCAGAACAAAACCCCUCCUGAAGUGAAUGACAGAAGUGAAGUAGAAAAGACUAGUGGAGAUGCAUACCUUGGUCUUGUUGAUCUCCCUAGCCGUGGCUGUGUGCCCACAUUCCCAGCGCGGCACGAAUUGGGAUCCUGAUUCCCAGCGCGGCUUGGACUGGGAUCCAGAUUCCAGUCGGCCAAUAAGCCCCGCCCAGGCCGGAAUGGCAGCCGGUAUCCGUGAUACGUCAGCCGGGUUUUCCAGCUACGAUGCGACCAGAAUAUCUGAAGCUAAUAUCCACAGCUUUGGUAGGUACCCUUCGCAAUAUCCUGAUACGAUGUCUCCUGGAUAUCCUGUCUUCAUGUCUGCCUUGAUGCCUGUCACAAUCCCUACUGAGUACUCAUCAAAAAAUCCUGUUGAUGACCCUGUAGGUGACCCCGCUAAACCCAUGACUUAUCCAUUAUUAAUGCAUCACUCCUUCUCCACACCCAAUUUCAAUUCCAGACUGCUUCCUAACUUUUCACACCUUUCAAGUUUUAUGCACACAAAUCCUACAGUACGAGAUCCUAGUAUUGCUACUAAUGGACAUAACCCUGGCACCGCCGGAGAACCUAACGUCAACCCUAACCAGUACGACCUCCGAGUCAACAUUUCCCCAGUCAACCAAGAGAAUAAGAGUGAAGCCUUAGUUGUAGCUGGCGGUAGUCACGUCGAACCGUUGCCAGGCAGGAUCCGUGAUAUUCUAGUGGCGGGGACACCAGGACCUGUGAACCAGAAACCUAGGACGCCGGGACCUGUGAACCAGGGACCGAUGACUCCGAUACCUGUGAACCAGAAACCUAGGACGCCGGGACCUGUGAAUCAGGGACCGAGGACGCCGAGACCUGUGAACCAGAAACCAAGGACGCCGGGACCUGUGAACCAGGGACCGAGGACUCCGAUACCUGUGAACCAGAAACCGAGGACGCCGGGACCUCUGAACCAGGAACCGAGGACGCCGGGGCCUGCGAAUUCCAGACUGAUGACUCCGGUACCUGUGAACCAGGGACCGAUGACUCCGAUACCUGUGAACCAGAAACCGAGAACGUCGGGACCUGUGAACCAAAAAUCAACGACGUCGGGACCUCUGAACCAAGAAUCGAGGACGCCGGGACCUGUGAACCAUGGAGUGAGGACUCCGGGGCCUGUGAACCAGGGACUGAGGACUACGGGACCUGUUAACCAGGAACAGUGGACAUCGGGACCUGUGAACCAGGAUAUGAGGACUCCGAGGCCUGUGAACCAGGAACAGUGGACAUCGGGACCUGUGAACCAGGAUAUGAGGACUCCGGGUCCUGUGAACCAGGAACAGUGGAUGUCGGGAUCUCUGAGCCAGGGUCCGAGGACGCCGGGUCCUGUGAACCAAAAAUGGACGACUGGAGCCGAAGGACCGAGGCCGGCAGUAGACAGAGACGCGUCCUGCUAUGAGGUGCCCAUCGUCGGAGAGUGCAGAGGAGCCUUCAAGAGGUACCACUACAACGCAACGCUGGACCAGUGUGACUGCCAUUUCUACGGCGGUUGUGACGACGAAGGCCGCCACCACAGCACUGCGGUCUCUGGGCUGCCUUCCCUGCAGAGCUGCUGGGACUUGUGCCUGCCCGGCGUCUCCCAGCCCGCGCCCAGCUGCACCAAGGAACUAAGGCCUACCAACUUCUUUUUCACACCAUAAUGAUAAACUAAUUUACUUAAUAGCACAAUUAUUUACCAAAUAACACGGUCAUUUGUUAAAUAGGAAAAUUACUUUAUCAAUAGCAUAGUUGUUCACUGAAUGCAAGUUAUUUACUGAAUAAUAGUUAUUUAAUUAAUAAUUCACUGAUUUACUAAAUAAUAUGUUUAUUUACUGAGAAACAGUUAUUUACUGAAUAAGACAGAUAUUUAGAGGAAAGCACAGCUAUUCACUAAGUGACUCAGUUAUUUACUGAAUAACACAGCUUCUUACCGAAAACACAGCUAUUUAUUGACCGCAGAAGUUAGUUACGAAAUAAUACAACUAUUUCCAAGAUAACACUGUUUUUUACUGAAUAACGUAGCUAUUCACUGAAUAACACAGUUAUUUACUGAUUUACAAUAUCUACUGAAAAACUCAGUCAUACACUGAUUAAUUCAGUUAUGUUCUGAAGAAGCGCUUAUUUACUGAACAAAACGGUUAUUUACUGAGUUAUAUACAAUGCAUGCUUCCUGCUAUUGGUUCAACGAAUAAAUUGAUUUGAUUAUUUUACAUAAAUCAAAGUUAUUGUUUCUUAUCGUUACCUAAAUAACUAUGCUAUUCCUAGAUAGUUUGUAUGCUACACCUGGCAUAUACGUCACUGAUAUUUGCUUAUUGAUAUUGAACUGAGUAAUUUGCUCAGAUAACUAAAAGCAGGUAUUUUACAGUAAUAAGGGUUGCAAGAUGACUGGUAUUUCCGUCUUUCUCUCGCGACUGUCAUCGAUGUGAUAUGAAAGAGUCAUCGAAGCCUCCAGCACGACUGGCUUACAAUCCUCAUCCAACACUAGAGGUGUUGGUUGAGUCCUAAGUAGUUAUUAGUUCUCUCCUCACUACGCAUUACUACGCUCUAUAAUACGCUUGCGACCCUACAGGCAUGAUAAUUUAUAUAGUUUGAUGAAAUUGUCAAUAAAACCGGCUUAUGGAAAAAGCACUAGUCAUUUUCAUUGCAUUAUAAUUCUCGGAUGAUUUUCGAUUUAGGCAAAUUCAUGAUUUAAACCUCACUGAUGUCAAAAUUAAUAUAAGGCUAAAUUUACACUAGUAUAUAGUUCCCAACUUUGCCUUUGAAGAUCUCAUAACUUACCAGGAGGGGGUCGACUUGCCCCCUGUUGGGAGAGAACGGCUCUCAGGAAUGAUAGCCGUUCUCAGGAAUAAAUACGUUUAGUAUUUAUUUCAUUGGUUUGCUUAAAAUUCGAGUAAAUGAUUAAAAGAAAGUAUUAAGUAAAUUCGUCAAAAUUACUUUAAUUGGGAAUUUUUACGAAAUUAUGUGAAGAAAAGAAUGCACUUAAUUGAAUUUUUUGCUGUUUCAAUUCAAAGAUCACAACAAAGAAAAUAAGAAUAGCAGAUAUUCCUCUUUGUGGUGUUGAUGCUACUGAAGUAGGCUACCGUAAUAACGGUUUUCGAUCUAACGUGUUACGCUUUAAUGUCGACGUGAUGCACGAAUGUAACCUUACAUUUACUCGGCUGCUAUGAGUGGAGGUUGGUUUCGUUGCAUCCCGAUACAAUGGCAGAAUUGAAGGCAUCUGAAAAUAUACUAACAAGAAAUGGGAAUUUAGAAAAAAAAUAAUUUCAUUAGAAUCGUGAUACUUCAUUCUUCUAAGAAAUUAUUAACAAAUUAUGGAUUCAUUGGCUACAAUGGGGCACGAGUUACGUUCAAAGGUAGAAUUUAUUCUUGAUGGUCACGUCUAUCGCUUAAAGCCUUGUAAUACAUUGAAAAUAUCAUCGUACAGUCGUACAACUAUUAUGCAUUUUUUGGCCUUGAAUAAAUUAUAGUGCAUAAAUUACGUUGAGUUUUUGAUCUUUCCAUGCCUUAGCUUUAUUCUAAAUGCAAAAUAUCUCAUAAUCGCAUUAUCAUUACAAAAAGUUACAAAAACUAUGCUUCGAAAUACAUCCAUGUGUCUCAGAAUUUUCCGAAGAGAAUGGUCUGCAUCUAGGUUUUUAGUUUAUUUACAUUUCGUCUCCUAAUCAGGAUGCACCCGUAACUAAAUUAAACUCUUAUGUUAGCUAUGGGCUAACUUAAUUUUAAACAAGGGGCUGCGGACUUACCGCGCAAUGGCUUCAUGCGCUUGAUUUCAAAGGCUACCAUGACAUUUAGCACGCUUAUCUAUGGAAAGGAAUAUAAAUUUGAGGGUGAAAUUAGGCAAAGCUGGCUUCCGUCAUGUACUCAUGCAAGUCAGCGACUUCAAAUUAGGUUUACCGGGAGUAACACCAUUGCGAAUACUCUAGGGUUUUUUAUAAGACUUUAAAAAUGAUAUCACAUAAA